CUUCCAACUCUAUUCAUAAUCAUAUACAAUGUCCUCUGAUAACAUCGAAGACGAACUCAAGCCUUCGUUCACCCCAGGCAAGUCCAUACUUGCCGUGUACUGCCGUAGCGAUGGCUACAAGCCAGGAGCGCCUCCUAAGAGCGCUGAAGAAUACGCCAAACUCGAUGCUGAAGACGAAAGCUUGGCCAGAUGGAAAGCAUCUCUCGGUAUCGUCCCCGGUGCCACCAGCGGUGAUACCAGCGGUCCCAAGGUGACGGUGUUGACUCUGGAACUCGUGUCACCAACGUUGCCACCCGGCAAGAAGAUCGCUUUCAACCUCGCCGACCCCAACGCCAUCGCAUCCCUCAAGAAGACCCCUGUGGUGAUCAAGGAAGGUGUUGAGUACAACGUCCGUAUCACCUUCAAGGUCAAUCACUCCAUCAUCUCGGGUGUCCGAUACAUCCAAGUCGUCAAGCGUAGUGGCAUCAAAGUCGACAAGCUGGAGCAGAUGCUUGGUUCAUAUGGACCCAACCCGACAGGCGAACCCUAUACCAAGAACUUUGAACCGGAGGAAUCGCCGUCAGGCAUGAUCGCUCGAAGCGGAAGCUACAGCGUUCGCAGUCGUGUCGUUGACGAUGACGGCGAGGUCUACGCAGAUUGGGAAUGGUCUUUCAAGCUCGCGAAAGAAUGGGAGUAAGAUUCGGGGUCGAAGGUCGUUCCAUUUGUAUCAUUUAGUCUGUGUAUUGCACUCUAGUCACGAUGGUCAUUGCUGUGGUCUUAAUGAAUAUCUUUUCAAAUGUUUA